GCUGUGUGCAGUUGACUCAGUAUUCCCGACAGAAUGGACAAGACUUGGCAAGUUUAUCUAUUACUUCUCUGAAUCUUCUAAAACCUGGUCAGAUGGCAAGAUAUACUGCACGCAACAUGGUGGUCGUUUGGUGAAGAUCAAUACUGAAGAAAAGCAGAAUUUUUUAAAAUUAAGGUCAAAAGGAAAUACCUGGAUUGGCAUGUCAGAUAUAGAUGAGGAAGGAAAAUGGAUCUGGACAGAUGGAACAAGUGAGAACAUAAAACCUGGAUUUUGGUGUAGUGGUGAACCAAAUGACUAUAAGGAUCACAGAUUUAAAGGUGAAGACUGUGGCGCCCUGUGGAAUGAGGAUGACUGCCAGAUGGAAUGGAACGAUGUAGACUGUCAGGUGUCAUUAACAUUUAUUUGUGAGAAGGAAAUAAAAUGUAACACUGUACAAAAUUGAUAAAGUUCUGUUUUGUGGGAAUGACCUGAAAUGAAUAAAAAGUAAUAACAUGA